CCUCAAACUAGAACCUCAUCACAAGAAACUCCCCGCCUCACGACCACCAACGAUGGCAAAAAAGCGCAAGGCAACGGGCCGCAGCAAUGGCGCAGAAGAAGCGCCAGGCUUUGAACCCAGAGGUGGAAAAGCUCACGCGAUCACAACAUACGAAGAUGUCGCAGAUUCCGAGGACGAAUUCCAUAUCAAUCGCGACAAGGUUAUGUUAGAUGAUGGACCGGAUGCGAAGAGAAGGCGGAAGUGGGAGGAUGAGGGUUAGUAAACUCUGCCGGUACUGGCUUUGGGAAUUGAACAUUAGCUAAUGCGACCACAUAGAUACAGAACUUGAACCUUCAGAUGAUGAAGUAUUAGCCUACUCUUCCAGCUCCGACGACGACGAAGAACCCGCCCCAAAAUCGCUAUCGAAAGGUUCAAAAAAAGUAGAAUCGGACGAGGAAGGCGAAGGAGGGGAAGAGGAGGAAGAGGAAGCAUGGGGAACCUCUCGAAAGGACUACUAUAACGCAGAUGAAAUCCAAACUGAAGCCGAUGCUUUGGAGGAAGAAGCAGAAGCUAAACGGACCCAACAGAAGAAACUUCAAAAGAUGACGGAGGCAGAUUUCGGUUUCGAUGAAAGCGAGUGGUUGGACGCAGGAAAGGAAGACGAGGACGAUGCAGAGGAUGUAGUAACGGAAGUGCUUAAAGAUGUGGAAAUUACACCAGAAAUGAGCGCCGCUGAACGAUUGCAAAUUUUACGAAGUCGAUAUCCCGAAUUCGAGUUUUUGGCAGACGAAUUCGUCACGCUACAACCUGUACUUGUGGAAUUACAGAAAGAGAUGGAUGCCGAAACUAUAACUAUUGGAGAUAUAUCGCCCAUUGUGGUGAAAUGUAGAGCAUUAGCUGCAUACAUGGCAUCAUUAACAAUGUAUUUCGCAAUUCUCUCUUCCACGGCUGGCCGCGCACUUGAUCCAUCAGAACUUCGCGACCACGCGAUAAUGGAAUCGCUGCUCCAAUGCCGAACCCUCUGGUCCAAAGUCAUAUCGCUCGAGGCAGCUCUUCCAACACCUUCAGAAGCAGCCGAAUCCGACUCGGACUCUGCCCCAGAAGAAGAACCUACUCGCCAAUCCCCAUCCACAUCCCCCGAACCAACCCCCCAAUUCUCAAAGAAAGCCCGCGCCCUCCACGAAGCAACAGAAGCCUCCCUCGCCUCUCUCUCCUCCCUUCUCCCCUCCAAAAAGUCCUCCAAACCAGCCUCCAAACAACCCACCAAAACCAAAUUUGCCAACGACGACUCUUCCUCCGACUUCGGCGAGGAAACCCACCUUUCCACCCGCGACGCUGCCGCAAAAGCUUCCAAGAAGAAAUCCCUCAAAUUCUACACCUCCCAAAUAACUCAGAAAUCGCAGAAGCGAGUAGGCGCCGGUCUCUCCGCAGGAGGCGACGAGGACCUACCCUACCGCGAAAGGAUGCGUGACAGACAAGCACGUCUGAACGCCGAAGCCGAGAAGCGUGGGAAGAUCCUCGACGCCUCAGGACGAGGGAGUGGCAAAGGAGGGAAAGGUAUAGAGCUCGACGGCGCAGAAGGAAAUGGCGACAACGCCGAAGCAGGAGGAAGAAAGUCCACCGAGGACGACGAAUACUACAACCUAAUAACCCGCACCUCUACCUCCAAAAAGGCCUCCAAAGCAGCCGCCCUCUCCGCCUCUCACUCCGCCGCCGCCGCACAAGCCCUAGAUCGCAUCCGCCCCGACGCGGACCUCUCGGAGGACGCCAAACGCGCUAUCGGCUACACGAUCGAGAAGAACAAGGGUCUCGCGCCGAAGCGGAAGAAGGAGGUGCGAAACCCCCGUGUGAAGAAGAGGAUGAAGUUCGAGGAAAAGAAGAAGAAGCUGGGCUCUAUGAAGGCGGUGUAUAAGGGUGGCGAGGAGAGAGGUGGGUAUGGCGGUGAGAAGACGGGUAUUAAACCUGGCUUGGUUAAGAGUAUCAAACUCUGAGUUGGGGGGCGGGAAUGACAAUCUGUAUAUAUUUGAUUGCCUAAUUGCCAAGUCAGAAGUGUGCAAGGGACUAGGUACAAUAGUGGAUAACGAGAAUGUGUAUAAUGGAUUGGUGCAAUCGUGAGAUCCGAUAGAAAUGAAAAGUAG